GAUGAACAGAUGUUCGCUAUCAGUUGAAGACCAAAAAAGUUUUUGUCCCUGCGUAAUGGAAAUUUUAAUGCGGAAUUGACGGCCCCGCCACCGGAAACCCGAGGACCGGUACCUGGAGCCAGGAUCACGGAGCCACCAUGAGCUAUGCGGCCUAUCCGGGCUUCUACGGCGGCAGCAGCAAUAGCAGCCAGGUGAGCCACCAGCUGCACUUGCUCCCGGACCUCUCGCUCUCCACGCCAGUUCACGCCCAGGAGAACGAUUCCACCACCUUCAACGGAUUCUUCGACGACGAGCUGGGCAUCGGCGGCAACGCUUCCACCAACUCUGCAGCACCUGGGAGCACAGCCGCUACCGCUGUCUGGCUACCCGAUGGAGAGGCAACGGCAGCGCCGCCUCCGACGGAGGGCAUUCCUUUUGUACAGAUCCACACAACGGACCUGCAGCAGCAGCCAGAGAAGAGCUACCGCAACGCCUUUCGCAGACGCACCGCCGAGAUCAAAUCGGAGGCGGAGCUGAUCAAGUCGGAGCUGGCGGAGGCCGCCGCCAAGGAGCGUCUGAAUGCUACGCCCACGCCGCCCACCCGUAACUCCAGCUGCCAAAGUGUGGAGGGCAAGGCGGAUAGCUCCGGCCCGCCUCUGAUCCUACGCUGCCCCAAUUGUCCCUUUCUCAGCCUUUGCCAGGUGAGGCUGCAGCAGCACCUGCACCUGGCCAGCUGCUACGGAUGGAGUGCCCAGCGGCGGCGACCGUGUCCGGGCUGUUCCAACGUAUUCUACAGCAGCGAUGCUCUUAGCCUGCACCUCAGCCUGGAUCACCAACUGGAGGACGAUGAGAUACUGGCGCUGCUCAGCGAGAAACCCAACGAAGUCCACGUUAAGAAGCAGGCGCAGGCCCAGAACCAAGGCCAAGGCCUGCCCAAGAGCCGCAUCUUCAUCAAGAGCGUGGAUUGUCUGCGCGAGCCACAGCAGCAACAGGUGAACGUGAACUCCCUGCCAGAUUUUCCGCCCCUGAUGCCAGACAGCGGCUGUGCCGGCAACAUCCUGGACCUCCUGGAAGGCGUGGCGGUAGGCGCUUCGCCCAACGAACAGGCCAUGCCACCAGCACCGGCGAGUGCACCAGCAGCAGCACCGCCACCGAAACCCAGCCAGAAGAUCUCCAUCAAGAGCGUCGACGUGCUUAGGGAGCCGGCGCUGCUGCCCUUCGACUUCCAGUUGCCGGAUCAGUCGCUCAUAACGUCCAACAGCCUGCUGGACGUUCCCAUAGUGGGUGUGGUGCCCGAAAAGCCGCGCCAACCAAAGAUUUACAUCCGCAACGUAGACAUUCUCAAGGAGCCAAUGGUUUUGCCAUCCGCCCUGCCUGGAAUGGGCUUUAACGGUGGUCUCCCGGCGACAGUGGGCCAGGGGGUUCCGGGAGUAAUGGCAGGGGACGUGGGAGGAGGAGACGUCUUCCAAGCAGAUCCCCUACUGACGCCCACUUGCCCGCUUCCGGGUUUUGAGCCCAGUCUCGCUCCCUUGGCCCAAAUGUGCUCGGAGGUCUUUCCCUUUGACUCGGUGCUUAAUGGGAAUGGAGGAGCGGUUUCCGGCCUGGACAACACACGUUUCAGCGCCCUAGACCUUGACUUUGGCGUGGACUUUGUCUCGGACGAGACUCCACCGCCUCCGCCGCCCCUCAAUGGCUCCAUGGAGGCUCCUAUGCCACACAUGGGGUCGCAGCCCGUUCAAAUGGAGCACUACCUGGCGGCUCCCACGGCAACUGCUCCCAUCACGACGAAGCAGAAGAUCUUCAUCAAAAACGUAGACAUCCUGAAGGCCCCGCAAAGAGGAACGCUGCAUCUGCGCACCGUGGACGAGCUGAACCUGAUGAACCGCACUGAGGUGGAGCACCUGAUAGUGCCCAAUCUGGAGCCCAUGGGGGCCAUGUCGAUGAUGGAUCUGCCGGCCGUGGAGCACCAUCAGCAGCAGCAACAGCAGCCACUGGAGCUGGAUCCCCAGUCACUGGGCGACUUUCAGCCCUCCAUCAGUGGGAGUUGGCCCAGCGAGGAUGGCUACGACCUGGCCGAGGACCUCGAGGGCUGGCCCUGGAUAGAGGACGCUGUGCCAGAUGCCGAAGUUGGUACCCUCGCCCCUCCCAACGAGGUGGCAGGCGAUGUAGGUGGAGACACGCCCCAACUUGAGGGUUUCUCGCACGCUGCCGAGGAUCUACUCGUCAAGGACUUUCCGCAGCUGUAUGUCUCGCCCCCGGAGGAUUUUCAAGGCACAGGGACUGAAGUAGGAGCAGGGGCAGAUGUGGUGCCACCUCUGGUGCCCGUCACAACCUCCGGUGGAACGCCUGUAGCGGCCCAGAGCACAUCUCUGAGCAGCUUGCCUGUCCCUCCACUUGUGCCUUUGGCGGCGGAAGCCAUGCCAACGCCUGCGGAAAAGCCCGCCCGCAUAUAUGUGGCCAGCAAUCUGCUGCCCGCUGCCGUCGAGCCACCAAUGCCCGGAGGAACCUCCGUCCGCGGGCGUCCCUACGGGGCCAAGCACUCGGGUGGCAGUGCAUCCUCAAAAAGGAGGGCACCGCCAGGCUCCGGCCAGGUGCCCGAGGGUGGCAAGUGCCAGGUGGAAGGCUGCAUGUUCCGGUUCAAGUCGCCCGCCACCCUGGAGUACCACGGAAGGUGCCACAACGGGCUGCCCAGCUCCAGCCAGCCGAUGAUCUGCCCGGAGUGCAAGUCGAGCGACUUUAGCAACUGGAACUGCCUGCACACGCACCUGUGGCGCACCCACCAGAUCGACAUGGAGCUGUACUGCUGCCAGCUGUGCAGCUUCAAGACGCCCAUCUACUCGCGGCUGGUCAACACGCACGCCAAGAUCCACUCGGAGGAGCGCAACUACAAGUGCGAGCAGUGCGGCAAGGGAUUCAAGAACACGAAGCAGCUGAAGAACCACCGCCGGCUGCAUCGCACCCAGGGGCUAGGCAUGGGCAAACCUGGGCAGGCAGAGCAGGAACAGCAGCAGCAGCUGGGGGGUUCCGCCCCCGGCACAGACGCCGCCGUUCUGAUGCAUCGCUGCGAGGAUUGCGGCGCGGCCUUCAAGCAGCGGAAGACCCUGCGGGAGCACCUGUGCAAGGAGCGCAACGAGCAGCUCGAGUGUUCCGAGUGCCAGCGGGUGUUUGGCUCGAAGAGCAGCUUACGCCUGCACCUGCGGACGCAUCAAGAGCGAAAGCGAUUCCGCUGCGACAUCUGUGACCAUGAGACGAGCGAUCACAACGCCUUCCGGCGGCAUCUAGGCACGCACAAGGAGCACAAACGCUACUCCUGUCCCCACUGUGACUUCCAGGCCAUCCAGAGCACCGCCUUUCGGAUACACCUCCAGAAGCGCCAUCCCGAGCAGGAGCUAUCCUCGAUCAUCUACAAGUGCGACCAGUGCAGCUUCACGAGCAUUAAUCAAGGCCUGCUGCAGGUUCAUCAGGCCAAGCACGAAGCACCAGCAUCAGCACCAGCUGGGGCUCAAGCCCCCGCGGCAAACUCCUCCCAGAUCAAGACGGAAAGCCAGGUGGUGCGCGCACAUUCCAGUACAAAGGUGGACCUGCAGGCUGCUUCUUAAGCAGGAGAACCAAAUUGUACAUAUGAAAGGAGGGGUUUCUUUGGGAGACUCAUCAAAUACACACAAAGUGCCGCAUAGUUUUAAUCGUAAGAAAGUUUUAUACCAAAAUCGCAGAGAGAGCGAGAGAAGGAGGGAGGAAGCCUCCUUGGAAUUUCUGUAGCUUCAAGUUUUUAUAAUAUCUUAUUACAAAUAUUGUUAAACAUCCGAGUCAGUCCGUGGAGUUUUAUAUAUUUUUUUCUUGCUUUAAUGCCACCCCAAAUGAUCCUGACUCCCUCAAUAGGACCUCUCUCUACGACUUUGGCCUACACCAAAGAUACAUACAUAUACAAAUAUUUUCUUCAAACUCUUGUCUGUUUUGUUUCUGUACAUAUUUACUGUAUAUCCUUAAGAAUCUGUUACUGUACAUAUGAAUUGUAUAUAUAUAAAGGUCAAUCGGGAAAACUUUUGUAUCAAAUUCGAUUUCCGUUUCUUUCCCUUAGCCCUGGACUUCCAUGAAAGUCGUCUUGUAACGCGUAUGUAAAGAAAAAAUAAAUUAAAAACAUAAAAUCUCAAAA